AUGAAGUUUGGUGGAUCCUCGGUGGCGACGGCGGAGAGAAUGAGGGAAGUGGCGGAUUUGAUUUUGGCGUUUCCGGAAGAGAGUCCGGUCAUUGUUCUUUCCGCUAUUGGGAAGACAACCAACAAUCUAUUGCUUGCGGGGGAGAAGGCUGUGAGUUGUGGUGUUUCUAAUGCAUCUGAGAUUGAGGAGUUGAGCAUUAUAAAGGAAUUGCAUCUCAGGACAGUGAAAGAGCUCAAUAUCGACUCCUCUGUUGUUACAUGUAAGAAUGGUUUUUGUUUGUUCAUGUAA